AUGCCGCCUGUAAUACCGACCUCGCUCAGUCCCCAUAUCUGCGUGUUAACCAGUCCGGACCUUGAAGAUGUACUCGCCACGGCGUCAGUGCCGUCGUUGCCGCAGAUCCUCCAAUCCUUCUCGCCUUUACCCCAAGUGACCACGCGCACUACCGCGCUCGCGUCCGUCUCGCAUGCAUCCUUCGCCCUGCGUUUCUCGGACCUGCAAGAGAUCGAAGCUGCUUGUCGCGAACCCGAAGAGAACCGGGCCAUGCGCAUGCUGGACUGGAUCUCAGCUCGAAUUUCCAGUAGGUGUGCGCAAUGGGUUGAAGACAUGGAGAAAGCGGAGACAGCAGAGAAAGAAAGAUACGAGGAAGAUGGACGUGAUAUUGUGAGGACCCCCUGGUGGGACGAGCUUCGGCGGUGCGCCGAGGGUGACUGUGUCCCUGGUAAAGGGGAAGGCUGGAACCAUCCCGUAGCCGUGAUACUGGCAGCCUCGACAACUGCGCCGAACCCUCUGCAAGCCAUUACGACCUUGCAUUCACGAUCUGUAGACUUACCUACCUGGGUCGAUCCUGCGCAGCUCCGCUAUACUCUUAUAGUGCAUCCCCAGAAUUCUCCUCUUUCUGACGAAGAAGCUGGAGCCCUACUCAAUGCCGUCAAGAAGCAAUAUGGGCUGCAUGUGUUUCUUCUUCCUCUGUCUUUGCCCUCCCCUCCCCCUCCACCUGUGCAGGUCCCCGCACUCUUGCCCAAACUACCUCUCUCACCAUCCAUAAUGAGCGAGCAAGAUAUUCAGGCCACGGUCAAAUUUGUGAGGGAGUUCGUGACAAUGAGCUUAAUCCCAUGGAUGGAAAAAUGCGUGAUCGACUGGAAUGAAAACUACUCCGCAUCCCGACGCUUACCUUCUCGCCUAUUUUCCUCUACAAGACGUCUAUUUGGUUCGUCAUACGCACCUGGAAAUGCCUCGCCAACAUCUGCUUCGCCAAGGACGUCGCAUUCGUCUACGAGUUCUGUACCGUCUAUUGCUUCUAGUGCGACUCUUGUGGGUGGAUCCGAGCCCUUACAGCAACAGCGGCGUCUCGCAGAGUUCGCUACUAUUCUUGGCGAUCUCAAACUUGCUGUGAGCAUUUGGGAAAGUCUGCGGAAGGAAGGGAGGGGCGGAUCGGACAUCCUUCCGAUGUUGGUAGCCCCAGGACCGAAUGUGCAGCUUUACGCAUCUUACGCUAUAUCCUCGCUUCACCCUCUGAUGACCUCUGGUGCGUCGGAUCUGCCGCCGCAAAUACUUGUCAAAGCUCUCAAGUAUGCGGUGCGGUGGGAUAUUGCCAUAUCUCAGCAAGACUUCUUGAGCGAUGUCUUGGAAGGCGAUCGAUGGCUCGUAUGGGCUGCAGUCAAUGUAGAGGAAGUGCCCCCCGCGCUCUUGUUAGGUCAUGCAGCUCUUCUGAGUGCACGUAGGCGCGCUCGCAGAAGAGCGGCGCUUUGGUAUUAUCUGGCAGCCAACAGACUUGAGAAAUGCGGGAUUAGACCACUCACCAUGUAUUUCCUUCGACGUGCUGGCGAAUUGUGUGCGUCCAGGCCACCGAUGACUUUAUCGCCGUCGUUUUGGGAGUCUGAAGAUAUCAGUCCCACGGAUUGGCAAGGAUUUGAGGCUAUCAGGCCUGGUUUGGGUCAUGCGCUAGGGCGCCUGCUAUACACCACCGGCCGAGUGGAAGAGGCCAUCCGACUUUUUGUUACGCUAUUACAACGGCGUCCGCAUGCGUCUUCCUCGCUAUCAAGCGCCAGUGCAACCAUCCUGAAUGGCAUUAUCUUUACGGAGCCAAGCGAAGAUAGCGCGGAUAAACUAUUCAUCAGCGAUUUCAAGACAGCGUUUCAGCAUUUCUUGUCGACUUCCGGAGAUCCGGAGAAGUUGCGCGAUUUGAAACUUCCAUGUACAUUCAGUGUUCCCAAUCAGAGUCGGGUACGCCUUCCGAGACAAUCCGCUUCACUCGAAGGCGAGAUAUGGAAUGUCCGCGAGCAAGCGUGGCGGGAAUUCUGGAAAACCCGGGGAAGCGAACCUCUGGAACCGACUUAUGGGUCAGCUUAUGUUGACGAGACCUUCUGGUUUGACCUGGUGGUAGAAAAUCCACUCGACGUUGAAAUCAGCCUAUGUAACGUCACAAUCACCAUCCAUGAAUUGGGAACUAUGAACCUACCACCGAGGUCCAUAAAUUUCGACAGCCACCAGGAAAUCGUCCUGGAGCCCAGGGAACGUCGUAUAGUACCCAUACCCAUCACCGUUCACGAGCCUUGCUCGCUGACCAUUGCCGAAGCCCGUUAUGAUUUCCUCUCAUUCCUGCCGUGCACGGAGCGGUUGGCUUUAAAAGGGGCAAGACUCCACGCUACUCCCGCCCAGAGACAGAGCAAAAUGUACGGCCCGGACCAGUUCAUCACGGUAACAGCCAAAGAGGGCAGACAGCGCCUCCUUGUGGACUUUGUGGAGGAUGAGCCGUUAGUGCUGGCGCACGGUGAAAACAGACGAAUGGACAUGUGGCUCUCGAGUUGUGGCACAAAACCUAUCGGGGAGCUCUGGCUAUUGGUGGAUGCCAAUGACAUUCUGUCGGUGAUACCAAGUGCGGAUGAUGUCCCUGAGUUUGCUCCGAAGAAACAGGUCCGACAAUCCGACAAUUCCCUACGUCAUAGUGACCCGUUGCAAAUAUCGCUCGAAUCUAUCAGUGAUUCGAACACGUUGGUGUCGGGCAGGGAUGCGAGACUAUCCGUAGUCAUACAUUCAGACCAGCUUCGAGACCAAGAUCUGACGAUGCUCUUCGUGUACCGCGAGGCACCUGGCUCGCCGUUUCAUUCAACGAGGAUUGCCAAGCACUACGAGGUGUCGCCCACGUUGGAUAUCUCCGUCUCCAGUCAACCAAGUCGGACUCCUGGCCAUCCGUUCCUGCUGAACGUGGACAUCACCAACGUCAGCGCAUAUGAUGACAUUCGCAUCCAAGGCAUUAUGACCAUGAGCCCGACCUGGCUUUGCUCAGGCAUUUCGCGACAACCCAGUGAUUACUUGCAGCCCUCGCAAAUGCUCCGGUGGUCGUUCAGUGUCCGUGAAUCGGAGGAAGGGCAAGGAAUAUCGGAAACAUAUCAAUAUGUAUCUCGGACACUCCAUUCAGUCCUACGAGGCGAGAGCGUCGAUACGAUGUAUCCCCCGCCGAUUGACAUCCUGUGCUGUCAUCAUGGUGCUGAGUCUAUCCAAGAUCGCCGGCGCUGUCAUAUUCGACGUCAAUUACUGAACCAGUACCGCCAUAUACCCCCAUCUUCACAUCCGCACAUAUUCCCUCUAUACAAUCCAGCUGCCGUGGACAUCGCGGUCUUUUGGUAUAUGCCUGGAGACCAACGGGCUGGCUACACCUUGUUUCCGGGCCUAAAUAUCGGCGCUGGGCAUGGAGCACUUCAGGACAUGGUGAACGAGGUGGAAGAAGCUAAGGUCAGACGCAGCAUGUACGCGGAAACGCAAAUGGAGAAAACCGAGAUCUUGCAAUCGGUCCGAAGCAGUGAAUGGAACACCGAGAUGUAUCCCGUCAUCGUUUCAAUUCAGGAUGGAAGGACAAUGGUUCACGAUUUCUCUGGAGGGCCCUGUCAAACAACAUGCUCAAUAGCUGUACGCAACUACUCUAGAACGCAUCCAGCACGUUAUACACUCAAGUUGAACUCACGACAGACACACCCAAAUGAUUUGCUGCCUCCACCCUAUAGCGGUCGCAGGAUUCAUCGUGGUGUGCUCGGGCCAUCCGAGGUCGUACUCUUGAAUACUCAGUUGCGUAUAUCCCGACCAGGGAGGUACGCGCUCGCGAGUUGGUCCAUAGAAACGGAGCUCGGGGAGCCCAGUUACUCUGCUGAACAAACAGACUCGUGGCAAACAAGACGUAAAUACGUCCAGGAUGCAUCAUCCGCUGAUACCACUUCCAUCAUUGUUCACGACUUCAACCACCGAGCGUGA